AUGGAUACAAAUAUAAAUGAAAUUUCUCAAUGUAGCUGUAAGCGGCAUAUUCACAAAAGAAUUUCUGUCCGCCUUAGACAACAAGAACGCAUUGUGUUAAAAUCUGGAGAACUGAAUUUUGCUAAAUCACACAAAAAUAAAUUACGAUUCAUAAUCGAUCUGGUUAAAGUAUUUCUGGAAGCCAGAUGGAGGUGGACAAUAUUGUAUUGCACGAUAACAUGUGUUUUAAGUUGGCUUAUUUUCGCUGUUGUAUGGUGGGUCAUAUUAUAUUUGCAUGGAGAUUUAGAAGAUGAACACUUACCGCUAGCUAAUAAUAUUACAGAGUGGAAGCCAUGUGUGACUGAAAUAUAUAAUUUCACAUCGAUAUUUUUAUUCAGCAUUGAAGUACAGACAAGUAUCGGUUAUGGAUCUAGGGCGAUUACUUUAGAAUGCCCAGAAGCCAUGUUUACAAUGUGUAUCGAAAGCAUAACAGGGAAAAUAAUCCAAUCCCUGUUCAUUGGAAUUGUGUUCGCUAAAUUAACGAAGCCAAAGAACCGCGCGCAAACAUUGAUGUUUUCAAAAUACGCCAUAAUCAAUCAGAGAGACGGUUAUUUGUGCUUGAUGUUCAGAGUGGGCAACACAAGAAAGUCAAGAAUCAUAGCUUCGUCUGUCAACGCGUACCUCAUAAAAUAUAUAACUAAAGAUGGCGUUGAUUUACUCAACUACGAUCAGGUAAUGUUAAACAUAGCGGUCGAUAGUUGUGAUGACGUGCUGUUCAUAUUUCCAGUCACAGCAGUGCAUAGAAUAGAUGAAAAUAGCCCUUUUUAUAAUAUCUCCGCUAUGGAAAUCUUGAAGAGUAACUUAGAAAUAUUAGUAACUUUUGAAGGAACUAUAGAGUCAACUGGUCAACCGCUUCUAGCCAAAUCGAGCUACACUGGCACUGAAAUUCUUUGGGGAAGGCGUUUUAUAGAACCCUACUUUUAUAAAAGCAGCAAACAAGGCUUUGUUAUAGACUUUUGUAAAUUCGACGAGACCUAUCGCAUCAAUACACCUCUUUGUACAGCACAAGAACUUAUAAAUUAUUAUAGAAAUAGAAAACUAAAAAAAAUAUAA